AUGGACGUGUCCGAGGACAGGCUGUACGAGGCUCAGACGCCGGAGCGCUCCGACACCAACAGUCCGAGGUCGCAGAUGAGCAGCCCCAACUCGGCCUCAUCCAUCAACGUGACUGAUCAAUCGAUCACACUGACGCAGCACCAACAGAACUUGGAGACGUUAAACCGUAUGGGGUUAUUCUUUCACCAGCAAAUGCAUUUAAAUCAAAGCUUCGAUGCUGUGAAGAGUCGCCUCGGCUUGACCCAGGGCUCGGUCAGCCAUGGUCCGAGGCAUACUAUAGACGCGAUCCUUGGACUCAGCGGCAGGCAGAGGGUCGCGGACUAUGAGACCAGGAGAGAUGACCCUUGUGAUGCUGUACCGGUGUCACCUGGAGCUGUGGAGAGCGCCGGUGAGGGAUCCUGUAACAGUAACGACGGCUUCCAACCGCCGGUCGAAGAUAAAUCAGCCAGUGAUGAUGAAGCGCCUCGCCCGGGGUCCGCUGACAAGAAGAAGCAUCGGCGGAACAGAACCACCUUCACCACCUACCAGCUGCACGAACUGGAGCGAGCCUUCGAGAAGAGUCACUACCCUGACGUGUACUCCAGGGAAGAGUUGGCCAUGAAAGUGAACCUGCCAGAAGUCAGGGUACAGGUGUGGUUUCAAAACCGUCGCGCCAAGUGGCGUCGUCAAGAGAAGAUGGAGGCGGCCCGCCUGGGUCUGUCGGAGUACGGGGCGCCGGUCCCCAGACUGACGGGCCUGGGGCUGCCUGUCGACCCCUGGCUCGCCCCGCCACUACUCACAGCACUACCUGGUUUCCUGAGUCACCCCCCCUCCGGGUACCCCUCGUACCUCACCCCUCCCGCUCCCCCUCCCUCCCACACCCCUCACACGCCUCACCCCCCCGCACCGUCCGACCCCCGCUCGUCCUCCAUCGCCGCUCUCCGACUGAAGGCCAAGGAACACGUGGAGAGCAUCAGUAAGGGAUUGACGAUGGUGUAG